AUGGGUGUUAUUCUUCAUUUCACUGCUAAGGAGUAUGAAAAGAAUUGGCCACAAAUAUUAGCCAUUGUUAUAGGUGGUCUAGCAGGCUUAUCAAAUGGACUCCUAUUCUCAUGGUCCUCACCAUUCCUAAUCAAAAUAACACAAGACAAAGUAAACUACGAUAUCACCGAGCAAGAAGGAUCUUUAUUCAACACUAUCCAACCAAUUGCUUUGAUGAUCGCUUGUCCCAUUUUCUCAAAACUAUCAGACGUUCUUGGCAGGAAGAGAACCUUACUCCUGAUUGUCAUUCCUCAAAUAGAUGGUUGCCUCUUUGCCACGCUGCCAACUUAUAUCGGAGAAGUAGCUAACCCAAUAGUGAGAGGAAUCUGGGGAAACGCUGUAGCCAUAUCUCUAUUUUUGGGCGAGUUCUUGAUCAACGUAUUGGGAAGUUACUUGGGAGUUACGACAACUUCUUGGGUAUGUUUACCAAUAUCUGUUUUGUUCUUCAUCCUGUUUUGGUUCAUGCCAGAGUCACCUUACUAUUACAUCAUGAAAGGCAAGGAACAGGAAGCCAAGAAUUCUUUAAAGUUUCUUAAGAGAAUUAAGAAUAUUGAUGAAAUUUUUGAAAAUUGUAAGUAUGCUGUUGAGAGGCAGCUAUCAGAGUCAGGUACUUGGGGUGAUUUGAUUAAGAUAAAAAGUAACAGAAAGGCUUUGUUUGCUGGUGUAUUUUUAAGACUAAGUCAGCAAAUGGCUGGUAUGUCAGUAUUUUUGACUUACACUCAGUUUAUCUUCCAAAAAUCCGGUAACAACAUGAGUCACGAAGAAGCUUCGAUAGUUUUUAUGGGCUUCGCAGUAAUAUUAAACCUAUUUGCUGUAAUUUUUGUGGUGAAGAGAUUUGGAAGAAUAUUCUGUUACACAGUUUCCAUGGUCACCACCAGUGGAGUUCUUUAUGCAAUGGCUGCCUAUUUUUAUAUAGAUGGAAACACAAGCAUCGAUGUCUCCUACGUAAAAUGGAUUCCUCUGUCUUGCAUGAUGUCCUAUCUCUUAUUUGCAUCUAUCGGCAUUUCAGUUAUUCCCACACUAAUGCUUGGGGAGUUGUAUUCUGCUAGCAUCAAGUCAAAAGCAAUGACUAUAUUGAUAAUAAUUUUUGGCAUGGGAAACUUCUUAACUACCACCAUAUUCUACUACCUAAAUACACUUUUUGGUUUGUAUGCUCCAUUCCUUUUGUUUGCCAUUUCUAAUACCGUUUGUGCUGUUUUAUCGCGAUACAUCAUCCCUGAGACUAAGGGCAAAACUUUAGAAGAAAUUCAACAAAUGCUUAAAGGGGAGUUGAAAAAUUAA